UCAGAAGAAGUCCAUGUCGUCGCCACCCUCCUCCUCGCCGGCCUGGCAGAAAUGGCACAUGAUUUUCCGCACACCACACGCGUUCCCAUCGAUUUGCACCUGUGCCAGGAUCUCCUUCUCUCUCUGCCGUCGUAUCUCGGCUUCUUCGGCAUCGUCCGUCUUCUGAGAAACACACAUGCACACAUCCGUGCCACAAGGAUGAUGUCACUAUGCUCACAAACUACUUCACAGCCCACCUCGUCCGGGUACUGCAUUGCCUGCAAUGACCACACACACCAUUGCAAUGCUUGAGCCCACGUCAUUCUGACUGCACACCUUGACAGCAUCGUUGUGAAGCUGGAGACAGAAGUAUACGCGCUUGUGGAAGGCUUUCAGUGGCUCAUCGGAAGCAUAGACGUCAGUAUUGGCCUACACAGACGAGAGCAAAACGUGCCACUGCUAUUACCUGCCCAGUAUGUGAACUAAUCACCUUGCUCUGCACAUAUUGCUUGUCGUGGUCAAUUGACGCUUCGAUGACUCCGUCCAGAAUCGCCUGAAAGGACAGGUCAACAUGAAAAUCGACACACUUGCCUCUUUGCAGGGAGUACCUUGCCAACGAUUCCUUCCGCAUCAGCAGCCGAAUCAAGUCCCAGCUUCAUUGCCACAUCAGCCUACAAACAGAUGCGAGCCACGACCUUUCAUUAUCGACUCUCAAUAUGUGUCAUCUCGUCUGUGCCCUCCUCUCCGUAUUCGCCUCACAAGUGAGAUUCGGCUGUAGGACAGGUUGAUGAGCCGCAGGCCCGCUUUGAUGACGUUGGACUGCAGCCGGCGGAUGAGAAAGAGCGUCCCGUCCCUCUUGAACAGGUCCUCGUUGGAAUCCAUGACAUUCUUGAACGAAUGCAAGUCACCUGUGCGAACAGCCUGGGGGCAAGGCAACCAAGGAGAGGCGAAGGGUGCAGGCGAGCGCCAUCUUGUCUGCCUCGUCGUAGGGUCACCUGAACGAUGGCCUCGUAGGCAGAGAGGGACUUCUUGAGUUCCUCCUGAUUGAACGUGGAUCGGUCAGGGAUGUCACCCAUCAGCAACUCGACAACAAUCGCCAUCUUGGUGGCCUGACACCACGCACAACCACAUCAACAAUGGAAGUCGCAUCCAGUGUCAAGUGACAGUGUCACACGGUGUCUGACCGCCAAGCGAAAUCCCCGCGCAGUCUUGGGGCCUUGGGGAGCUUUGCGGAUUGCCUGAUGGGACACACGAACAAUAUAUGAAUGGGUAAGUGGGCUUCCAAUGGCACCAACUGCAGGCUUACGGUGGUGAGCUUGCCGUGGGCGUCAGAGUACUCCAGCUGGACAGCUUUGAUGCGGCCUGAAAGUAGGGAACGACUCGUGCGUGCGCGUGUGGUGAUGAUGUGAUGCCUUUGUGUUGUGGCUGCUGACCGAUAUAGAAGAGGUACCGUGCGUACUGCGCACUGGAUCGCAGAUUCUCAGGAAAUGUUGUCUUGGACACGAGCUUGAGCGCCAUCUCGUACAAGUUGUAUGCCAGGUAAUUUCUCAGCAGUAGGUUCAACUGAGUGGCCUGAGGACACACACAAAGGCCGGGGAGGCUGAAGAGGUGACCACUGUGCAAGGAUGACGUCACCUGUCCCACAAGGUCAUGAUGUAGCGACGCUGUGCGGUACGCUGCCAUCAAAUCCCUGCCACAUAGGACGGACGCACACGCACACGGACACCCGGUACAUGGCACCUUUUGAUGUUGGUUCCUACUCUCGUAUCUCUGACAGGCGCCCAUCCAGCUCGUACGCACGAGACAAACAAAAGUAUGCCUGCAGAGCCGCCCCAUGACAGGUGAGAAGAUAUGCAUUUGAAUGGCAUGUUCAUGUGCCCACCCGUGCGGUCAGAGGGUCCAGAGACCGUCGGUUGUACGACUUGGCACGACUCACAACCAAAUCGGCUCCUGACACGGCCUGGAAAAAGCACACAGCCACACAGUCACACAACCGCAUCAUAGCAACGCGCGUGCCUGACCUUUUGAGUCAGCUUCUUGUCGACGAAAUGCGUGACGACGAGUAUGCCGAGAUAGAUCUCACAUUCAGGCAUGAUAAUGUCGAAGUGGUGUUCGUGGAAGGGGAAUGGCGAAGGACUGUGUGACGACGGGGCAGCCACACCGUUCGGCAGAGGGGGUGGGGCCAUCUCGACAUCCUCAGACUGAUAUGCAUAGCAGAAACGCAGAAAUAGAGCAAAGCAUUCACAGGUAAUCCGCCACCCACAUUGCCACCACAUACCUGCUGUUGCCCCUCCAGCAUCCCCACGAGCCGCUCCUUGUAUGGCGUGUUCUUGAGCACCAGUUUGACCAUCUUGAGCAAGUCGGCGACGCCCAUUCGCCGGCGCUGCCACGAGAUGUUGCGAAGGGCACGAUUGACGAGGCGCACCUCCUUCGUAACGAUGCCAUUGUGAAUCAGCUCAAGGCUUAUCCCCAGGUCGCCGGCAAAGGUGCGUGGAGGCUUGAUCUUCUUGUCUUCCGCCACCUUGGGCUCGGGCUCCUUCUCUGCAUCCUUCCCUUCUCCCUUCAU